AUGGAUUAUACAUUUAUUACUUUUUUACAAAUUUUCUCCAUCUUUUGUUUAAUAGCAUUAUUAGUAGAAUGCAAAAAAAUAAAAAACCAACUUCAACAACAAUUACAACAACAAGUACAACAACAAUUACAACAAAAAUUACAACAACAAUUAAAACAAAAACAACCAGUACAACAACAAAAUAUAAAUAAUAUCGAAGCUAGUUCCACCAAUAUCGUUUCAUUAGAAAAUCCAGAAUCUUCCUCUUCCCCUUUUUCUUCAUCUUCAUCUUCAUCACCAUCCCCAUCAUCAUCACCAGAAUUAAAAACCAAUUAUUCAUCAGAACAAGAUGAAAUAAAAUCUGUUCCAGAAGAGAGUGACAAAUCUUUAACUCUUAUUGGAGAAGAGUUUAAAGAAUCCGAAUAUACAUACGGACAAUCUCACACUCACAUUCACUAUCACCUUCACGUUCAUCUUCAUGGUCACAUUCACAUUCACGUUCAAGAAAAUGAUUUCUCCGAAGAACAAUAUAGUAGUUUCUCAAAUGAUUCCACAGAACCUGAAGAUAAAAAUUUCUCAGACAUUGAAGGAUCUAGAGAUUUUUCAAGUUACAAAGAUAACAGCUAUUCCUCAGACAAUGAACAAGAAAGUAGUAGUUUCUCGGAUAUUGAAGGAUAUAGCGAUUCUUCAGCCAAUAUUGGAAAUAUUGGAAAUAUUGGAAAUUUUUCAAUGAAAAAAAGAAGUGAAGGUUCAACCGAUUUAGAUGAUUUUGAAUUUGAAACUACACAACUAUUCAAUGAAAAUGGUGAAUGUAAAGCUGUCAUGGCCAACGGCUUACAAGAUCCAUGUUGCAAAGAAUUUAUCAGCGAAGAUGAAAAUAGUCCUAGUGUAUUAUCAGAAGAAAAAGCAGAAAAUUCCGAAGAUAUUUUAAAAUUAGUUGAUGUUGUUGAAGUACCAAAAAGUAGCUUUAUAGAAGAUUUAGAAACCCUUAUUGAAGAUUUCGUUAAAUUGAAUCUUGGCUAG